AUGGAUAUUCCUGAAUUUUAUCGAAAUCGUGAAAUAUUCGUUACGGGAGCUACUGGUUUUGUAGGAAAAGACAACUUUGGUGACGUCACUGGGAAAGUAAAUAAGGUGGAGGAGAAAGCGAAUCUCUUCUUUAAUUGUGAAUGUUUAUCAUUGUUUGACUUGACUGCGUUAAAGUUCUUUACAAAGCUUUUCGACGAAGUGAAACGUAAUAUACCCGAUAUCUUAAAUAGAGUCUGUUGCAUUGAAGGAAAUAUAUUACAAGAUAAUUUAGGAAUGUCCCCUUCAGAUAUAGAUUUGGUAACGAAAGAUGUUUCGGUGGUAUUUCAUGUUGCAGCAUCUGUUAAGUUCGAAGAACCAUUUCGUAAAUCUUUCAGUAAUAACGUACAAUCGACGAAAAAUGUGGCCGAUGUUUGUCGUCUUAUGAAGAAUUUAGUGUCUUUUGUUCAUGUAUCAACUGCUUAUUGCAACUGUGAGAGAGACGAAUUAGAUGAAAGAAUAUACCCACUUUCACGAAGCUAUCAAGCAUACAAGAAUGUUUUAGAUUUAGAAAACGAUGAUUUUAUGGAAAAAAUUGCUCCGAAACUCCUCGAGGGACGACCAAAUACUUACACAUUAACAAAAGCUAUUGCAGAAAAUUUAUUAAAUACCAGUUAUAGGGAUUUGCCUAUUGUUAUUGUUAGACCAUCCAUCGUAAGUUCGAGUUGGAAAGAACCACUUCCUGGAUGGAACGAUAGUUUAAAUGGCGCUAAUGGUCUAAUCGCAGCGGCAAUGAAAGGAAUUUUGAGGACUAUGUUAGUCCACGGAGAAAAGAUUGCAGAUUUAAUUCCAGUAGACAUAGUUGUUAAUUUAAUGAUAACCGUAGGUUGGGAGAAAGGUCUGGUGCCUCAUGACAGGUAAUUAAUAUUUGUAAAGUAAUAAAGAUGGAAAAGAUAUGUUUAUUCUGACAGCUUUGUUGACAACUGCUACGUUUAAUUCUUUUCAACCUCUUGAGGUGUUAAUACGAACUUUUCUAUCUUUCUAAAAAUUCAUUCUUUUAUAAUAUAAGGCGAUUCUCUUGCUCGGCCCACGACUUCGACCCCUCUAUUCAUAAUAUAGAUUAUAUUAUAGAAUUAUGCAUUAACUGUGUAGAAAUCUUCAGCUUUAGUAUUUCGUAAACUUUUAUUGCUUAAAUAUUGAUUAACAAUAAUAGCUUUUUAAAUAGACUAUACCUUAUUUUUAAAUUUUCUUCUUCUAAAAACUAAAAAUAUAAACGUUAUAUACAGUGGCGUAGCGUGGGUGUCAGCCACCCGGGGCAAAAAAA